GAGCUGUUUGUGCGAGCAAGGAGGCUAGAUGAUUACCCCUGAAGCCCUCGCUAUGAGGCCGAUCGGGGUAGAGGUGACUCCCGCGGCCGAUGGGAGAGGGACGGCAGAUACGAGAGAUCGGACCGGGAUGGAUAUAGGGACGACAGAUACGAGAGGUCGGAUCGAGAUGGCUACAGAGGAAGUAGAUAUUAGAGAGGAGAUCGGGACUGGGAACAACAAGAUGGGUCACGUGAACGGUUUGAGCGCGGGGGAGAAGCGAGAGAGCAGCGCGACGAGACGCGAGGAUGGUACAACCGAGGGGACCGACGCGAUGAGUCACGAGGACGCUAUGACUCGGGGGACCGCCGGAAUGACUCGCGAGGGCAAUGAUCUCGGAGAUGUAUCGAUGUUCCAUUCGAUGAAGGAGAAUGUCGAAGCAAGGAGAAUAAAGACGAAUAAAGGAAUGGAGCCGGUCAGGAGUCAGAGCAUCAAGAUAACCUUUGAAGGGGACAUGACGACCACACCCAUAAGGGUGGCAGCCACCAAGUCGGCGAGAGGAUCUACAUCGAAGAAAACUGAUACGGAUUACGUGAUGGCGGAGAAGGACGGGCAGCGGGUCGAUGGAGAGGAGGUUAUCCUUUCGCCGCGAAAGCGGAGAGUGAAGAAGUUCUUAAUGAAGAGUUCGCUGGACGAGAUUGACACGGUCGAGCCACUGAGGCGGGCCGUUCGGCAACCCAUGCAGUGCUCUAUUCUGGAAUACCUGGCGGCAUCGAAGCCAACUCGUGAUGAGUUACAGAUGAUCACGCGGAAGACUCGCAUACCUCUAUCAGAGGAGGGGCAGGGGGCCCCUAAGGCGGAAGCUUCUACAGUAGCAGUAACGGGGGUGACUGCCAAAGCGGAUCGUACGGCGACAAUCCUUCUCGAUGGAAUGGAAGGUGUGCCUCCAGACAAGUUUUAUAUACUUGGUAGCGGGGCCGUGGAAACGAUUAUAAACGAUGGGGCAGUACUCGAUGCUGUGAUUGAUAACGGCAGUGAGGCUGUCAUCAUAGAUGAGGACCUGGCGGUACAACUUGGACUGGGCCUCGAUAGGUCAUACCUAUUCGAGAUAGAGACGGUCGAUGGGAGAAAGCAACAGAUCACUGGGGUUUAUCACAAAGCAGCCAUAGAAGUCCAAGGGGUACGAGUGACCCUGCCAGUCUUUGCAGUCAAGAACUGCAACUCCGACCUGCUCUUGGGUCGAACGUGGCUGAGCCACGUGCAUGCGGUGACGAUAGAGCGACCAGAUGGGAGCCAAACAUUGUCCAUUAAGAAGCCAGACGGGACGCGGGUAAUGAUUGAGACAGUGGAGCCUCGGGACCCGAGGAACAGGGCAGCUCUCGCUGUGGGUGCGAAACCCCGUGAUCAGAUUAAGUCGUUGCCUAUCUCCGGCCGCGCGGUGCGAUUUCGCGAGAAGAGAUAUGGUCCACUGCUCAUAGAGGAAGAAGGUCGGAUCGUGGAGGUGGAAGAUUUAGGAAGCCAGCUAAUAGUGGACGACAACUCGUACCCAAAGGAAAAAGAUGAGGAAUUUGGCGGUGUGGUAUCCGAGCGAGAACGUGUGAUAGAAAUUCUCAAGACCUGUGAUAAGGCCAUAACUUUCAGCGACGCGGAGCGCGGUAGGAUUGACCCUCGAUACGCUAAGCCAACGAGGAUUUAUACGAUUCCACAUGUUCCUUGGAAUGACGCGGGAUGGAAAUACGCCCAGAAGGAGAAGGAAGAAGUUAUCGCUUUCCUGAAAGAAAAGAUGAUUUCCCACGUUGCGGAGCCGUCUGAGAGCGCUUAUGCUAAUCGAUGGUUCUUCGUACGGAAGCCGAAUGGCAAGAUUCGAUGGAUCCAGGACCUUCAGAAGGUCAACGCGGUGACGAUACGAGACGUGGGCUCCGUGCCACACGCUGAUUUACUGGCAGAAGGCGCAACAGAUGGACUUUCACGCAUCCCUCUCGAGCGUCCGAUAGUAGCUGGGGCUCUGACAAUGGCAGAGCCGAGACGCGCCGAGAGAUUUCUAGUUAAUCUUUACGAGGGAAAGUACCGAAUGAUCGGACUACACCUGACGGGAGAAGAGAGUCAAGAUUCAGAUAUCCGGAAGCAAGCAGCCCAGUACUGCCUUAGAGCGGGSCACCUUUUCCGAAGGCCAGUAGGGUCGGGAAUGCCCUUACGAGUAGUCUGUGACCCUGAGGAGAGACAGACAAUAGUUGCGGAGCUUCACGACGGGGUAGUCGGAGGACACAGGGGAGUCAAAGGAACCUACGAAAAGGUACGCAGGUUGUACUGGUGGGAAGGACAGUAUAAGGACGUCGAGAGGUAUUGUAGGACCUGCGAAGAGUGCCAGAAGAGAGCUCUUGUGAAAUACAAAGAGCCACUUCAUCCAUCCUAUCCAACCCGACCAGGAGAGAAGGUACACAUCGAUCUAGUGAAAAUGCCGAGAGGGGUAGGCAAUAUGAACUACGUCGUGAACAUACGAGACGAUUUCACUGGGUUCGUGGACGGUAGACCUAUCAGGAGUAAGGCGGCAAAKGAAGUWAARAACUUUGUCCUAGAGUACUUAUCUAGGUAUGGUUGUGUCAGCAAGAUAGUGAUGGACAGAGGUGCGGAAUUCCUAGCCGACGAGGUCCAGAGCGUGUUUAGGAGAGUCGGUGCGAGAGUUUUGGUAGCCACCGCCUAUCACCCACAGUCGAACUCCCCAGUAAAGAGGGGACACCAGACUCUGAUAGCGUCACUGUCCAAGUGGUGCAAGGGUAAGGACAGUGAUUGGCCACGAUAUUUUCGAUACGCAAUAUGGGCGGACAACGUCACGGUCCGGGCUAGUACCGGAUACCCCCCGUACACCUUGUGGUUUGGGCGACAUUGUCCACUUCCCAUAGAGUUUCACGUCGACAACUGGACAACCGUCGACUGGGCGGAGGAGAUGUCCAGAGAGGAACUCUUAGCUGCCCGAACGAGGCAAAUAGCCUAUGGUUUGGAAGAUGACCUCAUGACAGCGGCAGAUCGUCUGGUAGUAGAAAGGGACAAGGGUAAAGAGAAAUGGGAUAAGAACGUGCGAAUUAGAAAAGAGAGGGUGAACGUAGGAGAUAUGGUCCUUCUCUACGAUGCAGCGCUGGAAAGAACCUGGACCGGAAAACUCGCCAACAGAUGGAUGGGACCUUACAGRGUGGUUGAGGCACUCGACUGGGGUGCAUAUAUGAUAGCAGAAUUGGAUGGAUCUAAGUGGAAGGACCCAGUGGCGGGCGCUAGCUACCGCAAUGGACCAGGGCGCGAUGGCCGGGCCUAGAUUGACGAGGGCAAGAAAUUUUCUGGGCCUGGAGCAUUGGGGCUGUAGGGACUGCGACGCGGACCGAGUCGAAGCAGGGCAGUUGGCCACAGACAGUGGAUAUAAGGGAAGUAAACGGGUACCAAGGGG